GUACCUGCGAGUGGUUCUACCUGUUCCGCUUGCUCUCCUUCCUCCCGGCCCUACUUUGGGUUUCAGCUGAUAAGCAAUCAGGAGUCCUGCUUCUUCUUUUUCCGUCCGUCUUCAAAUAGGAGCUGCUCCUCCUCUUGAAUAAAGAACAGAGAUUUCUUUUUUUCCUUUAAUUUUUCACCUAUAACCUGAGAGGACAUUUUUGCUUUGUGUUUCUUCUUAAAUACUGCUUGAAAAUUUGAAAGUGGCUCUGGAUAUUUAAGAGGUGGAAGAGUGACCCAUCGCCACUGAAUGCAGCAUGGGCUCAGAUGAUUCAUACAACUUUGUCUUUAAAGUGGUUUUAAUAGGGGAGUCUGGUGUUGGAAAGAGCAACCUUCUGUCCCGCUUCACCAAGAAUGAGUUCAUGCACGACAGCCGCACCACCAUCGGCGUGGAGUUCAGCACGCGAACUGUUCGGCUGGACCACUUAACCAUCAAAGCCCAAAUCUGGGAUACAGCUGGGCUGGAGCGCUACAGGGCUAUCACCUCAGCGUAUUACAGAGGAGCAGUUGGCGCGUUGUUGGUGUAUGACAUCAGCAAACACCUGACCUAUGAGAGUGCCGAGCGAUGGCUGAAGGAGCUAUAUGAUCACGCAGACCCUCACAUUGUGGUAAUGCUGGUGGGGAACAAGAAAGACCUGGAGACCCUCAGGACCGUCCCCACAGAGGAGGCCAAAGACUUUGCAGACAAGAAAGGCCUGAUGUUCAUUGAGACAUCAGCGUUGGACUCCACAAACGUAGAAGCUGCUUUCAACGAGGUCCUCACAGCGAUCCAUAAGAAGGUGGCCAGCAAAGAGGUGACCCGUGGCUCCAUUAGCGCCGUGACCCUGUCCGGCUCCCUGGGUCUGACAAGAGAGUCUCAGGAGGAGCAGAAAGGCUGCUGCAAGAGCUAAUGGACUGACUGCCGCCCUAUGACAGAUUUGUGUUGAGCCAACACCAUGCUUGACUGAAGCUACAGCCCUCAGCCUCUUUGAGUCUAAUGAGUGAGGCAGCACAGUCUGUCAUUUAAAUAUGGAAGCUAUACAAUCUGCAGGUCAUUGAUUCAGUGCUCAGAUAUCGAGUGAAUCCAUAUUUAAUAGACUAUAGUCAUUUUAUUCCUAAUAUUUCUGCUGAUGCCUGAUGGGAAAUUUCUACUUUAGAUUGCUGUGUUUUUCUUUCUCUUCAUUUUUUUAAGAGAUGCUUUGCAAAGUUGUGUUGUUUUUGUAAAAGGGAGAAUUUUGACUUGGAAUAAAUUAUUUAAAUGUU